GGUGGGGGUGAUGGGAAGUGUGACCAUCAGGAAUAUUUUUCACACACCCAUGCUCCUGUGUACCACUCUGUCUUCACGGUGCCGUCAGCCCCUGAUCACGCACCGAGGCUCUCUCCCAUUGGUUGGCGCUCAGCACACCUUUGCGCCCUAUUGGGCAAGACGUUAAGCCACGCCCAUCUUUUCCCCACCGUCUUUGAAACGAAGAAUGGUGAUGAGUCUGUAAAAGAAACUGGAAGACAUCAGUCACAAUUUUAGUUUAAAGUGUUCACCCGAGUCGACACGGACGGACAAGUACACGGCAGUUAAACCGGGUUCCUGAACACAACAUAGAUCCACAUAAAAUACUGUCAACAUGGAAUUUGAGGAGCUCGCCUCAGACCGCCAGGGUGAAUCCCAGCCUGCUCCUUUGGGUGACAUGGAGGCAGCGGAGGCUCUGGUGUCCAUGACUAACCGCUGGGAGAGCUUCAGACCCCUGACUCCAUCCUCAGAGGACGACUGUGUCUUCUUUGUCUCCAUUGUGCCGCAGGACCCUCCUUUGACUGUCAACUUGGUGUCGGACAUCGAGUGGGAGACUUGCAGUGCGUCCUCAGACUGGUCGCAGCCUGACUGUAUCCUCUAUGGCUCUGUUGGGCGGCAGCAGUCUCCUUUGUGGAUGACACCGCCAUACAGUCCGCCCGACUUUGGCCACCCAUUCCCCCCGGCGAUAUCCUUAUUUCAGCGAAUAGCAGAAGAGACUCAUGAGCACACACAGCAACGCUUCCAGUGCACCAGUGUGAUCCGGCACACUUCAGAUGGCCCGAGCGGCUCCUGUAGCGCCUAUCCUGCCUCCAGGGAGGACAGACUCACUCCCGUUCAUACAGAAGACUCUAGCUGUGAAUAUGGGCAAGAUGCUGUCCAACAGUCUGACUCUAAAGCAGUCGGGCCACAGAGAUCUCACACUGCGGCUUUGCCAAUUGUUUUUGAAAUCAGCCAGAAGAGCCUUGAGUAUAAAUCAAACUCAUCUCAGAUUGCUGGCUCUGAGCUCUCUCCUCUCACUCUGUACAGCCACAUUCUUCCUGUCACAGCCUGUGACAACCCAAACGGAUAUCAAAUCCCAUCCCCCACCACUGCACCACAGCACCGUCCCCCAACACAAGCAGCUCCUCCGGCCCAGGUCUUCUUCCUCGUCCCUCAGCUGGCUGUUCCUACUCUCUACGUCCAGCCGGCCCUGGUGACCUCUGGGGGCACCAAGCUGACGGCCAUCGCCCCCGCGCCUGGGCUGGCCCUGUUGGAGCAAAGACUAAACCAGCCGCAGCCCGAGGUGUCCCGUGUCCGCAGCCAUGUUUGUCCUCAUGAGGACUGCAGCAAGACCUACUUCAAGAGCUCCCACCUCAAGGCCCACCUGAGGACACACACAGGAGAGAAGCCCUUUAGAUGCAAGUGGGAGGGCUGCGAGAGGCGAUUCGCUCGCUCCGACGAGCUGUCCCGCCACCGACGGACCCACACAGGGGAGAAGAGGUUCGCCUGUCCCGUGUGCCUCUGCCGCUUCAUGAGGAGCGACCACCUCGCCAAGCACGCACGGAGACACCUCGCAGAGAGAAAGACUUCCUGCGCAGUUACAGGUCAUCCAGUCUGCUGACAUCACUGCUCACACACAGUGUCUUCAACAAAAGCCUUCUGAGACAUGCUGAGGAGACGCAGAAUGAAAUGCUGGGAAUAUGUAGUGUGCCGGUUAUAUGCACAACUGUCAGAUCAUAACACUUCUCAUCACUGCUGAAUCAGAUGAAUGUGCAUGUGAAGUCUUUCCUUUGCUUUGAUGAUUGAAUAAGAUGUUUACAUUCAAACUACUCAAACUGAGCAUCUACACUAAAAUGAUCCACUGUUAAUACUGUUCUGUACACUUUUACAAAUCAAUGCUAAACAUGUUUACUGUUGAGUGAUUUUUGACCAAAGAAUGUUAAGUAUUGUUCUUUUGAGCCAUACAAAAAGAUAUUUGUAAUAAAAAGAUAUUUGGCACAACA